AUGAAUGAAGGGGAAUAUAAAUACCUUGGUAUAAAGGAAGGCCUUAAAACAAUUUUAAAGCACAGUGCAUAUAACUGUGAUGAAAUUAAGCUACUCUUUAAUGUAGAUGGUUUCCCUAUUUUUAAAUCAUCAGGAUACCAAUUAUGGCCUAUUACAUCUCAAUUUUCUGUUUUUCAACCUUUUACUGUUGCCUUAUACGGUGGUCAGAAAAAACCAAAUCCUAUUGAGUUUUUGACCAAUUUUGCACAUGAGCUGAAAGAGCUGCAUAAUAAAACAGUUACUUUAUGUGAUAAAUCCUAUUAUGUCUCAAUCCUUGCAAUUCCAUGUGAUUCGCCUGCUCGCAGUCUGCUGAAGGUAAUUGUACAACAUAGUGGUUACCAUGCCUGUGAGAGAUGUGAUGAGGCUGGUGUGUCUGUUAAAGGUUGUAUAGGUUGUGGUACAAAUAAUAGCAAAUUGAUUUUAAAAAGAACUGAUUAUGGUUUACGUUCAGGUCAGUAUGCUCAACUGGAUAAUGAAAACAGAUCUCAUCAGCAUAUACACUAG